CAAGGGGUGAAGUACACAGCGCGAAAACAGGCAAACCUGCAGCCAUGGAAGACCGUCAAGAAAGGGAUUUGGGGACCCAGGGCGAUGACACAGGGUCCAGCCUGGGUCGCCGUAGCCCAUCUCUCUUCCUCCAGCUACCGAGCAACCAGACCCUGCGUUUCCGUGGCAACAAGGCUGAAGCCUGGGGAGCAGCUUUGGAGGGCGCAGCGGAACCCCCAGAGGAUGCUCGGGAACUGGUGCCCCCCUCCGUGGUCGGGGAGGAAGAGGAAGACAGGAAGCCCCUGAGAGAGCUGCCCCUCUGUCUUGAGGAAAAACGAGAGCUCAGGCUUCUGCAAGAGCAGGCAGCCAGUAGGCUGAGCGGCUGGCACCUCUGGCGCGCGGGAAAACGACGGACGCUACGCCAACUCAGGAGCCAGGCGGGCGCAGUAAUGUCGUAUGCUGUGAUGUGGAAGAGCACGCUGCGCCACAUCGAAGGCCACUUUGGAACUGGGAUCCAGUCGUAUUUCAGCUUCCUGCGAUUCCUGGUGCUGAUGAACUUCGUUGCUUCCUUGCUGGUGGUGGCAUUUGUGGUCGCGCCCAACGCUGCCUUCGAGGCCCUCCACCUCAAUUGGACACGGCAUACGAGCAACACCUCAGCAAACGCCUCUUGUCUACAUUAUGACCCCACCAGCCAUGGCUUGAUCAGCUAUUUCUCCUACAUCAUGGAUCUUCUGUCAGGCAAGGGUUUCAUGGAACUCACCUACCUGUUCUACGGCUACUACCAAAAUUCGGCUGUCGAUUUUGCCAGCUUCUCAUACAACGUCCCCCUGGCCUAUCUGCUCACAGGGUUCUUCUACCUCCUCUUCUGUCUGAUAUGGAUCGUACACAGGUCAGUCUAUUGUCUCAAACACAGCUUGGUGAGUGAAGACACUUCCUUUGGAUCCUACAGCAACAAAGUGUUUGCUGGCUGGGAUUUUGGACUGAUGCAGACCAGCGCGGUGCAACUAAAACACAAGAGUAUUUGCUACGACUUGCGGAUGGAUCUUGAAGAGGAGGCGUUCCGCAGGCGUCUGGCAGAGCAGACCACCAAACAACGGGCCUUUCUGUACAUCCUCCGGGGUCUGCUCAACAUCCUGGUUUUAGGUCUGCUGGGAGCUGGCUUUUUCUGCAUCUACCUGGCGACAGAGUAUUCCCAGUGGCUUCUAGGAUCGGUGGACUCUCCAAUCAAAGGUCAAGUUACCUUGGAGCUGUUGGGGGCUUAUCUCCCAUCCGUGGUCAUCACAAUUGCUAACCUCCUUCUCCCGAUUAUUUUUGGGGUCAUCGUGCAACUAGAGAAAUAUCCACUCAGCUUCGAAAUCAAAAUCACUCUCCUCAGGAAUGUCUUCCUCCGUCUUGCAAGUCUAGUGGUCCUUCUCAUCUCACUUUGGUCCCAGAUCACUUGUGACGGGGAUCCACAACAUCCAGACUGCAAGGACUGUGGAUACAGCCACCUAUUCCUGUGCUGGGAGACUUCAGUGGGACAGGAAAUGUACAAACUGUUGAUCUUCGACCUGCUCAUCAUGUUGCUUGUCAUGCUGUUCGUGGAAUUUCCAAGGAAGAUGCUGGUGACGUAUUUGCCUUCCUGCCCAUUGCUGAAAUUAUGGGGGCAGCAAGAAUUCAUGGUGCCCUCCAAUGUCCUGGAUCUGGUGUACGGACAGACCUUGUGCUGGACGGGGGCUCUCUUCUGCCCGCUGCUGCCUGUGCUCAACACUCUCAAAUAUAUUUUAGUUUUCUACCUGAAAAAGCUAACCCUCUAUGCCAACUGCCGGCCGGCCGACCGGACAUUUCGGGCCUCCAGCUCCAAUUUCUUUUUCCUGUUGGUUUUGCUCCUGGGUCUAACAAUUUCUUGCGUUCCUGCCCUGUACAGCAUGUUUGUUCUGCCCCCUUCCAAAGCCUGUGGCCCAUUUCGAGGUGAGCCCACCAUGUGGAACACAGUCUCCAGUGCCAUUUCUGAGCUGCACCCGACCACCCAGGGAUUCCUGGAGUUUGUAGGCUCUCUGGCCUUUGCGGUGCCCUUGUUCCUGUUGCUGAGCAUCCUCAUGUUCUACCUCGUGGCUCUCGCGGGCACCUAUAGCUCUGUCGUCAAAAGUCUGAAAGCGCAGCUCCAAUUGGAGGGUCAGGACAAGCUGUUCUUAGUGAAGCAGAUCUCCGAGUUGAGCCAAUGAAGCAGAAGAAUGCACGACAAGAUAACAUCCUGCUUGCCAGAAGGAACUUGUUGACUAUCAUUGAUUUUUAUCGUAUCAGCUCUGUCUAUUCAUAACCUUCGCUUCUGAAUGCUAGAGCCUCCUGUUCAUCACCUGUUCUCUCAAGAGAGGGCUCCGUCCAGUUUAAACUGCUCAACAAAAUAUUUUUAAUGCCUUUUCAAGAAGGACUAAUUCUUGGACUUAGAACUGAAAUGCGUUUGGUUCCGAUUUCAAAUAUUCUGAAAGGUCAGGAUUUUAAGGAGAAUUUGCCUUUUCAUAAAGGAAUAUGAGAUCUGGUGUGUAAAAAGUCAAAUUGCACCAAAGGGUAAGUUUAAAUAUUAACUUUAAAAAAAUAAAAACACAUGCAAAUAUUGUUCCAUCAACUGUGAA